UAUUUUUAAUAAAUAAUUCUUUAUAAGAAGGAGCUCCUAACUUUCUUUGUAGCAAAUUUUCAAUUUUUUUUUUCUUUUAUCAAAUAUUUUAUGAAAAACUAUUAGUGUUAAAAAUAAAAACAGAAGCCACCUGAUUUGAAUGUUGCAAAGAGGCCAUAGUUCCAUUACUCCUGCUAUAAAUACGUUAGCUUCUACUCAGACAUUGUUUCUCUACAACUACCGCGACAAGGUUUUGCAUAGCUAUUUUAUCCAUGCUACAAAAGUUUCCAUUCUUCCUCUUCAUUCUUCUUCUUCUUCUUCAUUUGCUUCUCGGAAGGCUUGUAGUUUCUUCUCCUAACGAAGAAGAAUUCACCUUCAAUGGAUUCUCCGGAGCCAACCUCAUCCUCGACGGCUCCGCGAUGAUAUGCUCCAGUGACCUCUUAAUCCUAACAAACAACACAAAGGACCAAAAAGGCCACGCCUUUCAUCCUUCCCCUCUCAACUUUCGCAGCAACCUCUCCGACGAUAGUGUCCCCUCCUUCUCCACCACAUUCGCCUUCGCUAUCGUCUCUGAGUACGCCGAUGUCGGCGGCCACGGGCUGGCCUUUGUAAUCGCCCCCUCGGCAAACUUUUCCAAUGCCGUAGCGGCGCAGUACUUGGGUUUAUUCAGCGCUAGCAACAACGGCAACACCACCAACCAUAUCGUCGCCGUCGAGCUCGACACGAUACUUAACUCCGAGUUCCAAGACAUCGACAACAACCACGUCGGGAUCGACAUCAACGGGCUGCAGUCUGACGCAGCCCACACCGCCGGGUACUACGCGGAUGAUACCGGAGAAUUCAGGAGCUCGACCCUCAUCAGUGGCAAAGCCAUGCAAGUGUGGGUCGACUACGAUGGUGUAGAGUCGAAGUUGAACGUCACGCUCUCUCCUGUGAAUGCAACUGGAAAGCCGACGACGAAGCCUACAAAACCGUUGAUAUCGUUCCCGGUCAACCUCUCCACCGUGCUGCUUGAUUGGCCCGUGCACGUGGGCUUCUCAGCAUCGACGGGCUCCGUGCUGACGUCACACUACGUCAUCGGAUGGAGCUUCGCCAUGCAAGUAGGUCAGGCCCCGCCCCUCGACUACUCGAAGCUGCCCGCGAUCCCCCGCACGAAUCUGAAAGGCCACAGGUCGAGGGCUCCGGGUCUCUGGUUGGCUGUGGCUUGUUUAGUUUUUGUGCUGCUGGUGACCGUUGCUGCGUUCGCGGUGGUGAGGUGGAGGAGCAAGUACGCCGAGCUACGCGAGGAUUGGGAGGUGGAGUUCGGACCCCACCGGUUCUCAUACAGAGACCUCUUCCAAGCCACCAACGGGUUCGGCGAGAGGGAGCUGCUGGGAGUAGGCGGCUUCGGGAGGGUCUACAGAGGAACGUUGCCGAAUUCUGGAACGGAGGUGGCCGUGAAGAGGGUCUCCCACGAGUCACAGCAGGGUAUGCGGGAGUUCGUGGCGGAGAUUGUCAGCAUCGGCCGCCUCCGCCACCGCAACAUUGUGCAGCUGCUCGGCUAUUGCCGCCGCAAGGGGGAGCUUCUCUUGGUCUACGACUUCGUCCCCAACGGUAGCCUCGACAAGUACCUGCACUAUGGACGGGCUCAUAAGCCUGCUCUCGGGUGGUCGCAAAGGUUCCGGAUCAUGAAAGGGGUUGCGGCGGGGCUCCUCUAUCUUCACGAAGAGUGGGAGCAAGUCGUUGUGCACAGAGACAUCAAGGCAAGCAAUGUGUUGCUGGACGGCGAGACAAACGCCAAGCUGGGAGAUUUCGGUCUCGCAAGGCUGUACGAUCACGGGAUCGAUCCGCAGACGACCCAUGUGGUGGGGACGAUAGGUUAUCUCGCACCGGAGCUCGCCAGGACGGGCAGGGCAACCACCGCCACCGACGUGUUCGCUUUUGGAGUUUUCCUCUUAGAGGUUGCUUGCGGGCGGAGGCCGUUGGAGCAACCGACCGCGGGCUCGCAAGGGGAGCAAUUCCUCUUGGUGGAUUGGGUGGUCAAGAACUGGCGGAAGGGUUCAAUUCUCCAUACGGUGGAUGCCGGAUUAGGAGGAGAGUAUGCGAGAGAGGAGGCGGAGAUGGUGCUAAAGCUAGGGCUGCUGUGCUCCCACCCGCACCCUGCGGCGCGGCCGAGCAUGCGGUUGGUGGUGCAAUACUUGGAGGGUUGUGCACCGCUGCCGGAGCUGUUCCUGGCUUACCUCUACACCAAUGUUUCAUUACCUCACGACGACUGCUUUGAUGAUUAUGUUAUCUCAUAUCCAUCUUCCAUGACAAAGUAUGCCGAACUCGGCGGUCACGGGCUCGCCUUUGUAAUCACCCCCUCGACGAACUUCUCCGAAGCCCUGCCGGCCGAGUACUUGGGCUUAUUCAACAUGAGCAGCAACGGCGAGGCAACCAACCAUGUCGUUGCCAUCGAGCUCGACACGAUACGCAGCCCUGAUUUCCAAGACAUCGACAACAACCACGUUGGGAUCGACAUCAACGGGCUGCGGUCCUACACGGCCCACACCGCCGGAUACUAUGCGGACGAUACUGGAGAAUUCAGGAACUUGACCCUCAUCAGUGGCAAAGCCAUGCAAGUAUGGGUCGACUACGACGGCGUAUAUUCGAAGCUGAACGUUACGCUCUCCCCUAUAAACGCAACUGGAAAGCCGACGACGAAGCCUACAAAACCGUUGAUAUCGUUCCCGGUCAACCUCUCCUCUGUGCUGCUUGAUCGGCCCCUGCACGUGGGCUUCUCUGCAUCGACGGGCUCCUUGCUGACGUCACACUACGUCAUCGGAUGGAGCUUCGCCAUGAGCGUAGGUCAGGCACCGCCCCUUGACUACUCGAAGCUGCCGGCGAUCCCUCGCGUGAAUCUCAAACGCCACGGGUCGAGGGCUGUGGGCUUGUGGCUGGCUGUGGCUUCUUUAUUAUUCGUGCUGCUGGCGACCGGUGCUGCGUUCGCCGCGGCACGGUGGCGGAGCAAGUACGCGGAGCUCUGCGAGGAUUGGGAGGUGGAGUUCGGGCCUCACCGGUUCUCGUACAGAGACCUCUUCCGAGCCACCAACGGGUUCAGCGAGAGGGAGCUGCUGGGAGUAGGCGGGUUCGGGAGGGUCUACAGAGGAACGUUGCCGAAUUCUGGAGCGGAGGUGGCCGUGAAGAGGGUCUCCCACGAGUCGCGGCAGGGCAUGCGGGAGUUCGUGGCAGAGAUCGCCAGCAUCGGCCGUCUCCGCCACCGCAACAUCGUGCAGCUGCUCGGCUACUGCCGCCGCAAGGGGGAGCUUCUCCUGAUCUACGACUUCGUCCCCAACGGCAGCCUCGACAAGUACCUGCACGAUUGCAGGGCUGAAAAGCCGGCUCUUGCUUGGUCGCAGAGGUUCCGAAUCUUGAAGGGGGUUGCUACGGGGCUCCUCUAUCUUCACGACGAGUGGGAGCAAGUCGUUGUGCACAGAGACAUCAAGGCGAGCAAUGUGCUGCUGGACGGCGAGAUGAACGCCAAGCUGGGGGAUUUCGGUCUCGCAAGGCUGUACGAUCGCGGCACCGAUCUGCAGACGACCCACGUGGUGGGGACGAUGGGUUAUCUCGCUCCAGAGCUCGCAAGGACGGGGAGGGCAACCACAGCCACCGACGUGUUCGCUUUCGGAGUUUUUCUCUUAGAGGUUGCUUGCGGGCGGAGGCCGUUGGAGCAAUCGACCGUCGGCCCGCAGGGGGAGCAACUCCUCUUGGUGGAUUGGGUGGUCGAGAACUGGCGGGAGGGUUCGAUUCUCGAUACGAUGGAUGCCGGAUUGCGAGGAGAGUACGCGAGGGAGGAGGCGGAGAUGGCGCUGAAGCUGGGGCUGAUGUGCUCUCACCCGCACCCUGCGGUGCGGCCGAGCAUGCGGCUGGUGGUGCAGUACUUGGAGGGCCGGGUGCCGCUGCCGGAGCUGUCGGCGGCUUAUCUCUGCUUCAGCAAUCUAUCAUUACCACACAAGGAAGGUUUCGAUUAUUAUGUUGUCUCAUAUCCAUCUUCCGUGCCGAGUGCAUCUACUCUCUCCGGAGGAAGAUGAAUGAAUAUUAGCCAUGUAUGGAUCGGAUAGAGAGAGCUUCAUACGAAGAAAUUAAGAUGUAUUUGGACUGUAUGCAUGAAGAAAAAAGUUUCUGCCAAAUAGAUAUAGUGACCAUUAAUCAAAUUGUAAGGUCUUCUUUGAAUGGAUCAUAAAAAUAUA